CCGCUGUGGCGACCCCUAACCGGGGAAAAGCCGAAAGCCACAACAACUUUCUUAAGUAAAGAAAUCCAGUCCAUUUUGUGAAGCUCCAGGCCAGAGUUUCUCAGCUCCACGUUCCUCUGUAACAUAUAUAAAGUAGUAAGAAACAUUACCAGUAAUUAGAUCUGUGAGAGCUCAACAUGAUUGCAGAUAACCUGACUCAAACUGCUCCAGAAGCUGAAUUUACAACAUAUUUACUCGGUACCAUACUUGCAUGUUCUGUUGUAACAAUUGCUUUGAUACAAUGGGCUCGGAAAAAGAAAAUAGCACAAAAAAUCGAGACUGCACGAGCAAAAAGAGAAAAUAAAGUGAAGGAAAUGAAAAAGGCUGUUGCACAGUUUAAACAGCAGAAACCUGAAGAAGAUGGGGAAUCUAUCGUGGCAUUAUCCUUGUCGGAACUCACUGAAAAACUAAAAAAUGGCUCUUUGUCACCUGAUUCUGUCCUGUAUGCAUACAUGGAGAAGGCUGUGGAAGUUCAUGAAGAGCUCAACUGCUUGACAGACUUCUUUCACGAGUGCCAAACUGAGCUGCAGGAAUUAAAGAAGACAGAAAAGAAAGGCCUGCUUUAUGGAAUCCCAGUUAGUCUGAAGGAGUGUAUUGAUUACAAGGGCCAUAGUAGUACCACAGGGAUAUUAAAGCGACUAGACCAGCCACUUUUGGAGGAUAGUGUGAUUGUCCAAGUUUUGAAGAAAUGUGGUGCUAUACCAUUCGUAGCCACAAAUGUCUCGCAAACCUUGAUAUGUUAUGACUGCAGUAAUCCAAUUUAUGGUGAGACACUGAACCCAUUAAAUCAUAAGAAAGGUCCAGGUGGGUCUUCUGGAGGCGGGGGAGCACUGAUUGGUGGAGGUGGCUCAAUCCUUGGAUUUGGGACAGACACUGCAGGGAGUAUUCGAAUUCCUGCAGGUUUCUGUGGAAUCUGUUCCUUGAAACCCACUGGCAACAGACUCAGUACCCACGGAUUCAGUGAAUGCCUGGAAGGAAUGAAAUCAUUUGUGUCUGUGACAGGACCCAUGGCUAGGGAUGUUGACAGCCUGGCUCUUUGCAUGAAAGCACUUUUGUGUGAAGAUAUGUUCCAUUUAGACCCUGCAGUACCACCUCUUCCUUUCAACAAUGAGCUGAUACCAUUCUCUCCACCGAAGAUGGAAUACGUAUUUUAUGAGCUAUUUCUCAGAGGCAUUAUGGCAGAUGCUGGUACUACGUUGCUUGACCAUCUGAAGGGGGACAUAGUUGAUCCAAAUUUAGAACCAUCAAUAAGGAUUCAUAGACUUCCAGUGUGGCUAAAGAAAAUUUUUGCCUUUGUCUUAAAACCUUUGGCUCCCAGAUUCGCCAAAAUGUAUUCAGCAGCAUGUGGAACUGGGUCUGUCAAGAAUCUCUGGAGACUACAUGCAGAUGCACAGCAUUACUGUCGAGAGUACAUCGCUGAAUGGAUGAGACUGAAGCUUGAUGUUCUUCUUUGCCCUGCACUUUGUCCUGCUUUUACCAUUGGAUACCCUGGACAGUUUUUAGGUAGGCAACUCUACACCUUUAAGUCACCAUGAUAGUAAACCUCUGUC